AUUCGAGCAAAGUACAGACUCUCUGAUCCAAUCAGCGCUGCCGCUUGUGACGUCAGAAUCCAGAUAUCUGCCCCGCAAACCAGGAAGUGCGGCUCAGUCUCCGAGUGUAACAGAGAUCGGCGCUGCUCUCUCGGGAUGUCGGGACUGGCCUUCGCAGCUCUCGUUCUUUGUCUCCACAUAACGGCGGGUGAGUCUCGGCAGUUUACCAUUCUCGAGUUCAGCCAGAUAAAUGUCACCGUCAGGAGAAAUGCGUUCUUGUCGGUGCGGCCGUCGGCCGUGGUCACCAGUGGAAGCUGGAAUUUUAAUGGGAGAACAAUCGCCCAGUGGAUCGGCCAAACCGUGUCUAUUGACAACGCCUACACAUCGCGGACUGAGCUAUUCACGUCCACAGGGUCGCUUCUGCUGAAGUCGGUGAAAAUGUCUGACGGUGGGGAAUACCGUGUGAAUAUGGUUCCAACUAGUGGCUCCAUGACCUCAGCGACUAUCUCUCUGCGUAUCAUUGAGACAGUGACCGGGGUUGCCGUGGUGACAAAUAAUUCCACUCCCCUGGAAAACCUCGAUACCAUCGCACUGAGUUGCGACGCGUCGGGCACUGUUCAGACACGGACAUGGUUCAAGGACAACCAACCCAUCCGGGAAAACGGCAGAAUAUUUACAUCUCCCGACAAGGCGAAACUGACUAUAAUCAGCGUGAACAGAAACGACGUCGGGACGUACAAGUGCAUCGUCAGCAACUCUUUCAGCAAUGGCUCUGGAGAGACCUACGUGGAGGUUUACUGCAAGUACACAGCACCAAAAACAGAUGGAAAUAGUACCCUCAGCCCUGGAGAGUUCGCGCUCUGUGCAUUUGUUGUACUUCUCAUGAGCCUGUGCAGAGCAACCUGUAAAUGGUGCCUCAGAUGAUCCUAAUCUCGCUUGUGAUAAGCUGCAGACAGAGGCACGUUUCGCAGUUGCAGUCGUCAGCGAGAAGGGACGCCUCCCUGCAAAAGGAGCAUUCAGCUCUCCUGCCCGACAUCUCCACUGUCUCGGCGGAGCGGUUAUAAAGUGGGUGGAGGGGACAAGACCUAAACGUCGCGCUUUACUUUCCUUUGCUUUCUCUGCCUGAGGCCUCAGCGAUCUCAAGAUGACCACUCUGACUCUGUCCAACGUCAUGUACUCCGAGGGUUCACUCUUUCUGUAGACUGUCCCUUUAAAACGCCGAAAGCAUGAGACUAACAUUUAUACGCCGUUGGAUUUCUGCUGACGACAAAAAUUGCUCCUGUGCUAUGGCGAACAGCUCGUGUUUCUAUUUCUCUGGAAUUACACCAGGACCUACCAGAACUGCUGUCGGCUUCUGGGUUGCCAUCGGUGGGGAGAAGCAGGAAGCAGUUACAUGAUGGGCAGCUGGUGUUCAGCCUGGGUGUAUUUAAGCAAGGCGAGCUGUCUUUCUCGCGGAGUCACACACAGUGGGACUUCCGACAGCGCACAAGGGUGAGUUGAGAUCGAUCCCGAGUAUUGAUAACUGACUCUCACAAGUUGCUGCAACUGGACGAAGUUUGCAGAGACGGGGAGGGGAGAGGAACGUUUGAAACAAAGAGAUCACUCUUUGGACUCUCUCCAAGUAGCCUCUAAGUAUCGUUCCUAUACUGAGCGACCAGAACUGGACACAGUACUCCAAGUGUGGCCAAACUAGAACUAGGCCUAACUGUGGCCUAAUUUCGCCCUGGAUUACAAAUAUCUCCCUCAACACAACAACAACAACUCUGUACAUUUGAACUGAACUGAACUUUCUAACAUCCCAUCGUAAGACUGUAACGAUUACCACCCGAGUUUCAAUUUGCUUGGCGAAAUUUAUCUAUACAUUUACGUUUGCAUAGUUCUGCUAUCUUUUUA